AUGGGGCCGCGACGGCCGCUGCUCCCGGGGCUAAUCCCGGCACUGAUCCCGGCACUGAUCCCGGCACUGAUCCCGGCACUGAUCGGCGCCGCGGCCGGGCGGGAAUAUUCAUUGCCUUACACACCACAGCUUGCACAAUGCAACGAUCCCAGCACUGAAUUCUAUGAUGAAGAACUUAAUAAAUGCUGCAGCCAGUGCCCUCCAGGUCAGUAUAGGACAGGGAGCUGCAGUCACACUGUGGACACCAAGUGCAGCCCCUGCAGACCUAAAACGUACACAGCCAUCUGGAAUCAUUCUCCACAGUGCUUUGCCUGCUCAGCACCCUGCAGGAAAGGGCUUGUACAGAAUCAAACGUGCACAAGGUCCCAGGACAGGAUCUGUAGCUGCCCACCCCACAAGUACUGUGUUUUCAAGCUGGAUGAGUACUGUGAAGUGUGUAGAACACACAAAAAAUGCGGCAAAGGUUACCGGGUUUCCAGAAGAGGGACAGACAGCACAGACACACAAUGUGAACCUUGUCCUCCUGGCACGUUUUCCCCUGAGGAAUCCUACAACACCAGCUGCAUGCCCCAUACCGUUUGUAAAUCAGUGGCUGUCCCUGGGAACAGCAGGAAUGACACUGUUUGCAGUGACUCAGGAACAGCCACAGUUCUGCCUCACACCAUUUUGAACCUGCUUGUCACCCAAAGCCCAGCUUCCCACAAAGCUGAAAUAAUAACUCAACCUGUCAUGUUAAACUCUGUACCUGACCUGUCCCACAUCACUGGAGCAGUAGCAGGGCCAUUGUUAUUGAUCCUGAUAAUUGCUAUUUUGGGGUAUUGCUUAGUCUCAAAAAAAAAAGCCCCUGUGCACUCUGCAGCAGCUACAGAAGCAGAUUUGCCUUUUUCUCCUCCAGAAAAACAGUGUGACAAAAAAGUCAGAGAUCCAGAAUUGCAGAACUCCAGGAGUUCUGAACAGGAACAACAGCAUCUCUUGGAAACUUCUGGGUCCAGCAGUAGUAUCCCGAAUCCAACUGGAUCUGCAACCAUCAGUGUAAUAAGUAAAGAGAAUUAUGAAAAUAAAAACUCAGGAGGAUUUCAGCAGCAACAUUCACCUCCUGAAGGUUCUAAAUUCCUGAGUGAAGACAGACACAGCUCUGAGAGUUCAGAACAUUCUGGUAACGGAGGAACGCAGGUGAAUGUGACGUGCAUUGUUAAAUUUUGUAGACCAGACUGCAGCUCCCAGUGCCCUGAGCAGAUUAGUUCAAUUGGCAGGGAUAAUGGGCACACUCCCUGGUGUUCCCCAACAGGGGAAGAAACCCUCCUUUCAAAAGAAGAAAAUGCCUUGAACAAAGAAACUGAAAUUCACGUCACUGUGGACAAGGAGGACAAUUUACUUCAAGACUUACUUCCAGAAAAAAAGAAGAUUCCUCUGGGGAUUCAAGAUGCUGGGAUGAAAACCAGUUAAAGGAAAUUACAGAUCAUAUGCUGAUUGACUGAAAAAAUUAAUCAAUCAAUCUUGUCUUAUGAAACAAACAUUAUGGUAAAUGUAGCUUUCUUACAGAGUUUUGAAAUUGCAGAUGAAUAUAGACACUGAUGCUUUCGAGAUUUUUAGUGUCUUCUGUCGCUUUGCAGUUUAAAAGAAAAAGCAUUGAAACUUUUUAAAAUUGAAUGGCUAACGCCCCCCUUUCUUCUGUGAUACCCUAAGAGGACCUUUAUCAGACUUGAAAAGGAAUAUUUUUCAAACUUUAUGCCGUUAAGUUUUUUCCUGAGACUUCUUGCGAUGAUGAUUUUUAUUUAAGGUCUGCCACGUGUGAAGAACAUGGAUGUGACCAGCACUUCUAAGGGACUGGAGUUAAAUUAACUUUCUUUCAAUGCUCAGGAAUCUUCCAUUUGAUUUAAAUUUUAAA